UAUGAUUGGCUAAACGUUUAGUUCAAUAAGGAAGUGUAACGCUUAAACAAUUGUACCUAAUACAGAACUUCUAUUGGAAUUGAAGAACUUCUCAGAGCAGCAAGUUGAACCGAUGGCGAUACAUUAACUUUGAUGUGGCUUACACUGUUCUUGACGGGUCAGACAUGAAGUUGUUUCUUUUCCACUUCCUGGCAGCAGCCACAGCCUCUGCCUUUGUCCUGUCACCUAGACAUACAUGGAGCAAACUUAUCUUGACACACCACUGGCCCACGACCUUCUGUGGGAUGGAGAAAUGUCAUUCUAAAAUUGACACUUGGACUUUACAUGGACUUUGGCCCAACAAUGGCAAUGACUGUAACUCAACAUGGCAUUUCAACAUAUCUUUAAUAGAGGAUUUGCUUCCAGACAUGGAGAAAAGUUGGCCAGAUUUACUCAGUCCUGAAUCUCCAAAAUUUUGGAAAUAUGAGUGGUACAAACAUGGAACAUGUGCUGCCCAAGCUGAAUCUCUGAAUAGUCAGCAUAAAUAUUUCAGCAAAGCCCUGGAACUAUACCAUAAAGUGGACUUGGACAGUGUUUUAAAAAAGUUUAACAUUAACCCCUCAAAACAGUACUACCAGUUUGAUCACAUUCAAGAGGCUAUUGAUGGCUUCUAUGGCGCCAAACUGAAGCUCCAGUGUGUCCACCCUUCAAGGAAUGCAGAUUAUCAGAUUUUGGGUCAGAUAGAGAUUUGUUUCACCUCUGACUUCUCUUUGAUGGACUGUGAGAGAGAGACCAGAGAGAAACCUGUGAACUCUUCAGUAAAGGCCCAAGCAAAACCUGGCUUCAUUGUUUGUGAUCCUGGAGUUCCGGUCUACUAUCCACCCCUGAUGUCGCUCCACCAUUAAUGUGUGUUUUUCUUUUUUGGUAACACGGGUUGAAGGAAUAGAUUUUUUAGAUUAUAGAAAUGACUUGUUUACAAAAAACCAUCAUCAUUGCUAUUCUUUAUUCCUCAUAGGUAGGCUUACAUGUACAGUAUGUGCAGAGCUUUUUUCCUAAGUAGUACUCUGCAGUUGUUACUUAUGGAAAAGGCACACUGCUUAAUUCAGAAGUAAUGGCAUUAAGCUUUAAGCAAUUUCACUAAUAUUAACAAUAAUAAUGCCAGUUAAUACCUCUGGUAUUAAUAGUAAUACCUCUUUAUUAUUACUUGAUUUGCCAGUGCCAAGUAAUUUCUUCUUUUUUAUGUAGCUGCAUUUUGGAACACUCUUUACACCAUCUGUACCUCCACUGAUUUUGUCUUUAAUCAAUAGUUGAGCUUUGUAGCGUAAUAGUCAAAGUAUGAAGAAUGAAACUUUAAUAUCUACCUUUAAUUCUUAACAUAAAUAAAGAUGCAUAAUUGUAUUAUUUGCAUGUUUCUAAUCAUUGUACAUAAGGUCUGAUUAUCUAAUAUUCAGUUACUUAAUAUGCUACAAAUAGAGCAAAGCAUCUGUUUUUAAACUGGAUUUAAAUAAAGGGCAUCUUGGGUUUGA